AUGUCGACCAUAUUCAACGGCUGGCCGUUGUCUGCCGAGGGCAAAAGCGGUGAAUUAAGUGGGCCCUCCGUCCCGAGGGGCGAUAAGGAAAACCGGUCGAUCUGUCCCCGUGAAAUCAGGUGUGACACGGAAGAGGAUAGAAUUCGCGAUCUCUCAAGAUACUACUGUACAUUCGAACAGGAUUCCCAAUCGGCGGACAGUCCCCGUAUUUCUCCUGAUCCUACAUUGACUGCGCUCACGCAACUCGGAGUCCAUCGUUUUGGAUGUAACCGUUCUUUUGUUUCAAUAAUUGAUGGCCAACAGCAACAUCUCAUCGCCGAAGCAACCGCCUCGGUCUCUUUACGAAAUGAAGACACCCACCUUCCUCAUGACGGAAUAUUCCUCGGCGUCCGGACCCUGGAUUUGGAAUGGGGUGUUUGCCCUCACGCCAUUCGUCUUUUCACAGGACAGGAUACAUCGAAGAUAAUGGACACGGAAAACAUCACCGCAAAUCGGACCCGCAAUAUAAUCCGUGAUUUUACCUCAGAAGAUUUCUAUAAAGAUCGUCCAUACGUCCAAAACUGGCCAUACUUCCGUUUCUACGCGGAAGUGCCCUUGUACAGCCCAUCCGGUUAUGUGCUAGGCUCAUAUUGUGUCGUGGACAAUAAGACACGAAGAGAGUUCGGAGAUGAGGAAGUUGCCGCUCUACAGGAGAUUGCAGAUGCCAUAUCCCAGCAUCUUGAGAAUGUUCGGGUUGUUCAUUAUAACCAACGGGGAGAAAGUUUGGUAAAAGGCUUAACCAGUUUCGUCAAAGGGAGCACGAAAUCUGACCGCGUUAAUAUUUUCAAUCGACUUCGAGAGACACGAGAAGAACUGAGCUUUCGAAAUAUGAACCCCUCAGAUAGCGGCAUUCACACAGAUCAGGAAAAUGCAUUUCUUCCAACAAAUAAAUCCGGCGGUGAUGAAUCGGUCUUGGAUCAAGGAUCUUCAAUGACGCAAGAAGAUGGGGCUUUUUCCCUUUUCUCAGAUGCAAAAGACUCGAGGAUGACACAGCCUACUACUCAACCAUCCUCGCUUGCUCCGGGAUCUCCAGAAUCAACAGAGCUGUUAGCACUUGACGAGGAUUGUCCUGAUACAUCGAUGGACGACGUAUCCAUCACUGAACAUUUGGCUGCGAUCUUCUCUCGCGCCACUAACCUCCUCAAAUCAGCGAUGGAUCUGGACGGCGUAGUAUUUCUUGAUGCUCGUCAAAGUGACUCGCAAUUUGACCUCUCCGAUAAUGCUGCGAACCAAAGCCUUCAAUCGACCUCCAGGCAUUCGGAUUCUCUGAACGACCCCUGGCAAUGUCUUGAAGGCAACCGAUCUACCGAACAUCCGCCCGAUAGUUCGGAAAACCUCUGUCGGCCCUUGAACCAUGAUACAGGCAUUCCACCCAUUGAUAAACUUUGCCCAGAACCUCAGCUCGCUCUACCGGAAGAACUUCUUCAAGAUUUGAUGAAAAGUUUCCCAAAUGGCUACAUAUUCGACUUGAAAGAUGGGACCGACACUCUGCAAGACAAAGUUUCUCGCCUGCUUGCACAUAAUCUACCAGAUGCGAAAUCAGUACUUUUUAUGCCACUGUGGGACUGGAAUAAAUCACGUUGGUUAGCUGGAACGCUAGUCUGGACGAAUGACCAUCGCCGCCCAUUGGGCAUCGAAGAACUGCAUUACUUCAAAGUUUUUGGUGAUUCCAUUAUCUCCGAGGUUUCACGGGUGCACUGGGACGCAACUGAGAAGUCAAAAUUUGAUUUCGUAUCAUCUAUCAGCCACGAAUUACGCUCUCCGCUUCACGGUAUACUUGGAACCACAGAAUUGGUGCAAUCUUUGCCGCUCCAGCCCUCUCAGCAUGAUAUGAUAAAGAUGAUAGAAAUAUCAGGCCUUACCUUGUUGGACACGAUUGAUCACCUGCUUGAGUAUUGCAAGAUAAACGACUUGGCGACUAAAGGUUCGGGUGAUCCCAGAGCUAUGAAAAAUCGACACUCCGACUUUGACCUUGGCGUACUAGUCGAAGAAGUAGCGACCGUUCUUUGCGCUAGCCAGCAAUCGCAAUAUGACACCAAUAUCCCUGUUGUUCUUUCUUCCUCUGGGUCUAGCGCAGACGCUCAUUACCGAUGUCCUAGUCAAAGUGAUCAAACUUCGGUCAUAAUACGAAUUGAACAACUCGAUUCCUGGGUGGUGCGAUCCGCUGCCGGUGCGUGGAAAAGAAUACUGAUGAAUAUCAUUGGUAACGCAAUGAAAUGGACGAAAAGAGGCCUCAUUGAGGUGACACUAUCGAAAGUGAGGCAAGAAAGUCACAUAGGCUCUUCUUUUGCCAAUGAGGACCCACUAUCGCCUGGUAUUGGGCUUGGCCUCAGCAUCGCACGCAGAUUGGCCAUGUCCCUUGGAGGCAAUAUCGAAGUCAAAAGCGAAAUGGGUGCAGGCACACAAGUCGACAUUCUUAUACCCGUUAAGAUUGCUCAAUCCGUCGAAAUAGCGGAUCCUCGUUCAUCAACCACAGAGACUCCCGUUCCAGCACCAUUGAUCAAGGCAUCUAUUCUUGGAUUACAGCUUCAUCCAGAGGUGGAUGAAGUGCCAACGGGGAUUUUAAGCGUUAAUGCAAAACGUAACUUAUCUAUUCGCAACGCGCUCAUGGACGUGUUCACGACUCAACUGGGCUGGCAACUGUCACCACGGAAGUUUUCCGACAGAAUGCAUGACAAUGUCGCGAUCAUCGAGGAAGCAGACUUAAGCCACAUUUUAAUCGAAGGCUUACUACAUACAACUGAGUCUAAGCACGAUCAAGAUUUCUUUAUUGUCCUCGGCGAUAAGACAUCGCUGCUGACUGAUAAUCUGCCUGCAAAUAUCAUCCGCGUGUCACCACCGUUCGGACCUCGGAGUCUCUGUGACGCCGCUGAAAGAUUUCUCAAAAUUUUCAAGGCACCGAUGCACUUGGACCGGACAGAUCUGGCUCCCAUUUCCGCCUUGUUAAAAAAUCAACCGGAAAUCUUAACUCCAACGGUAGACCAAAUUUCUAUGGAAAUAGUUGACUGUUCCAUAACCGGGAACAACUCUACCCAAUCUCCUCCUCUCGAUACCCUUAAGUCUUUUGCCCCUCCCAUAGAGUGUUCACAAGAAAGCAUACGUGUACUGGUUGUGGAUGAUAACGACAUCAAUCUCAAGAUUAUGUCUACAUUCAUACGCAAAAUUGGCUUCCACUACGACACAGCUUCGAAUGGUCUCAUAGCUCUUGAGAAGUAUAUGAACUCUAAUCAACGAUAUGCCUUCGUUUUGAUGGAUAUAUCUAUGCCCGUGAUGGACGGAUUGGUUGCUACAAGGAAGAUACGGGAAUACGAAAAGAGCAACGGAUUCAAUUCAGCCUGCAUCAUGGCUGUGACGGCUGUUGCCUCUAAUGAGACACGCGAGGCAGCAUUCAAGGCAGGCGUCAAUGACUUUUUGGUCAAACCGUUGUCCCUUGCGAGACUUCGUGAAUUGAUGCACGGUUGA